UCACAAAGGAAAUUUUAUUCAUAUGUCUAGAGGUUUUCCACUGACUCAUUACAGUCUAUAGUUGGAGUCUAGGUUUUGUACUGUCUUUAUAGGCCUUAUUUUCGGCGGAGUAGACAGCUAGCAGUCUUGAAAGAAUGAUUGGCCACGUUCAGCUUGAACGCUUAAUGACAGAAUUGAGAUUUAAAUAGUGACAGGUUGCUAGCCCAUCAUCUGAAAGAAGAAUCCCAAGUUAAUAAUAUAAGCCUAUCCCUUAGUCGCCUUUUACGACAUCACGGAAGAAAGAGAUGGAGUGGUCCCAUUCUUUUUUAUAUUGGUGCCGGGAACCACACGGCAUAACUAUCUAUCGUAUUUCAAUAUUCGUAAAUAAGCUUCCAGAUUUAAGAGCUUAUGCUUAUGUUUUCUAAGUAGACGAAUUGUGGCUUAACAUUUCAAAUAUUUUUUUUCUGUUACUGAAUGGUAUCAGUCUUGAAAGUCUUGAAAGUUCACUUGUUCGGAACGGACAAUGACCUCGACCACUGUGAAGUGCGCGAACUGUAAUGUAGUGAUCAACGAACUUUUAACAUUUUUACGAAAUGUUGUGGAUUUUAUGGACGAGGAAAGUAUCCAUCAACUGUGUACGUCAACAUAUUCGGCGGAAGAAAUAGUAAAAGCUAAAUCUCUUCUGUACGAUGCCGUGCCGAAUGCGAAGAAAAUGCCUCUGCGCAGGAAGGAAGGGAAAAAGCGAAUGUCGAGGGAUCUCGAUGAUAUUAUUUGUUUAAUGAAGGCUGGAAACAGGGAGUUGUUUCCGAUAUUUGCAGCUGUAGAUAUACAUCGAGUGCCCCCGGUAUCUUUCGAUCACGUCGAUGCUACGAGGAUUCUUAAGGAUAUCCUGAGAAUGCAGAAUCAGAUAGCGGAGCUGAAAGAAAAUGCAGUCUCAAGAGAUGAGUUUGAGGGUUUGAAACAAGUAAUCGGGAAUAUGAAAUUUGCGUCCAUAUUAGAUAACUCAUUCUCAGUUAGCAAAGUGAACCAUAAAAGAGGUGCGUGUCUACAGGAUAGCUUUUCUUUUGAUAGUGGCCCCAUAGGUUUGCAUUACAUGCCAAUAAACACAUCGAAGAGCUCAGCUGAUAUUGAAGUGAAACUCCGUGACCAACAACAGGUUAACGACCGUCCUUCAAAUUCAAAUGAUGACAUAGCAGCUGAGUCGGUCCCUCUCACGUGCAAACAAAACUGCGAGACAAGUAAAAAUUGUCGAGUAGAAGCGGCGGUAUCUGCGCAGAUCAACAAUCCCGAGCGAGAAGAUAACAAUAACGCACAGUCAACGGGUCCGAAAGAGACGGUAUGCGCCCCACCGGAGAACACCGAGUCGUUAUCGCAGAAACCUGUUUGCGAGCAAGCGUCAUGCGCCCGCUCCGCCGCCGCCGAGAGUCCCAUCCCCGUCUCUGUAUGCAGUCGACGGGCGCCCAUCGAUGAGGAAACAUCUCAGCCAGCGAGUCGAAUGCGUAAUAUCAAGGAUGUUUUGAGGUAUCAGGAGGUAUCGGUGGACGAAAGUCAAUCAGCUGCCAGUAGGGAAGACACGGAGUGGCAAAUCGUGCAUAGGUCUAAAUCUAGGCGGUAUAAACUACUAGGUCAAAGAGGAAGUGCUGCGAUAGAUCAUGAUGUGAAAUUCCGAGCGGCGGAUAUUAAAGUGCCUUUGUUUAUCUCAAACGUCAGUAAGGAUGCGAGUGAAAGUGACAUUAUAAAAUAUAUUAAGGAAAAAACUAACGAAAUGGUAGCGUUAAAACUGAUAAAUAUGAAAUCCACGAAGAAUUACAAUGCAUAUAAAUUGUUUGUGUCGAAACAUAAACUGCAUUUGUUUUUAGACGCUGAGUUAUGGCCGGAUGGGAUUACUUUUAGGCGUUUUGUGCAGUUUAUGUAUCGAACAAAAUCCGAUAAUAAAGUUAAAGUUAAUUAGUUGGUACUUUAUGGAUA